AUGCCCUCCCUCCAAGAAAGCAAGCUCGCCUUCAUCGGCGGCGGCAACAUGGCCUCCGCCAUCAUUGGCGGCCUCGUCACCAAGGGCGUCAACAAGCAGAACAUCCACGUCUCGGAGCCCUGGGACGUCAAUCGCGAGAAGAUCGCCGCCACGGGCGUGCAGACCACGACCUCGAACGUCGAAGCGGGCGGUCAAGCCGACCUCGUCAUCAUCGCCGUCAAGCCGCAGGUCACGAAGAGCGUGUGCGAGGAGCUGGCGGCCGCGUGGGCCCAGCGCGACACCUUGCCCGUUGUCGUGAGCAUCGCGGCGGGUAUUACGUUGGGGAGUCUGCAGCAGUGGUUGCGCACGGGGGAUGGCAAGACGGCGCAUAUUGUUCGCGUGAUGCCGAAUACUCCCGCCUUGGUUGGGGAGGGUGCCUCCGGGGCGUAUCCUAGUGGGGAUGUCACCGGGGAGGAGAGGGAGCUGGUGAAUGCGCUGCUGAGCAGCGUCAGCAAGGCGACGGAGUGGGUGGAUAAGGAGGAGCUGUUGGAUGUUGUGACCGGAUUGUCGGGUGAGUAUUUACCUACCUGUCUACGUAGUGUCAAUUGGGAUUCCAGGCACAUCGGGACUGACGUAUUGAGUUUCUUUUCUUCAGGAUCCGGCCCCGCCUACUUCUUCGCCAUGGUUGAGCACCUCGUCUCCAGCGCCACAGCCCUCGGUCUAUCCAAGGAACAAGCUACUCGAUUGGCAUCGCAGACCUGUCUUGGAGCCGGCCGCAUGUUGACCGAGUCGUCGGAUGACCCUACCCAGCUGCGCAAGAACGUCACCAGCCCGAACGGAACCACGCACGCCGCUCUCCAGACCUUCGAAUCCCUGAACUUCCAAGAUACUGUGGAUCAGGCUGUCAAGGCGGCUACGAACCGAGCGGCCGAGCUGGGAAAUACCCUUGGAAAGCUAUAG